UUAAAUCCCGCCCGGGAACGCCCGGGGCCCGGCCGCGUCCUUCCCGGAUCCACCGGCUGGAGAUUGCGUUCCCUGCGCGUCCCGCAACCUUUCCCGCGCCGGCUGUGUGGCGGGUGCCCGGGUGGUCGCGAGAAUGAGCCGCAUCUACCAGGACGGCGCGCUCCGGAACAAGGCGGUGCAGAGCGCGCGGCUGCCGGGGGCCUGGGACCCAGCCGCCUACCACGGGGGAAAUGGUGUGCUGCUGGAGGGAGAGCUGAUAGAUGUCUCUCGGCAUAGCAUCUCGGAUGCCCAUGGCAGGAAGGAGCGCUACUACAUACUGUAUAUCCGGCCCAGUCACAUCCAUCACCGUCAAUUCGACGCCAAGGGAAAUGAAAUCGAGCCCAACUUCAGCGCCACCAGGAAAGUGAACACGGGCUUCCUUAUGUCUUCCUACAAGGUAGAAGCCAAAGGGGACACCGACAGGCUCACGCCCGAGGCACUGAAGCAGCUGGUCAACAAGCCAGAGCUGCUGGCGCUGACAGAGCGCCUUACCCCCGACCACACAGUGGCGUUCUGGAUGCCGGAGUCAGAGAUGGAGGCAAUUGAGCUCGAGCUGGGGACCGGGGUGAGGCUGAAGACGCGGGGUGAUGGUCCCUUCCUGGAAUCUUUGGCCAAACUUGAGGCUGGGACAGUGACCAAGUGUAAUUUUGCUGGCGAUAGAAAGACAGGGGCGUCCUGGACAGACAACAUCAUGGCCCAAAAGUGUUCGGAGGGGGCUGCAGUGGAGACCCGAGAGCAGGGGGACGGAGCAGAGGACGAGGAGUGGGAUGACUGAGGUGAGUGGGACAUAAAUGCCUCCAGGGCCACCAGCACCUUUGGUAGCAUUGUUGAGAAUCUCUUCCAUGAACUUCUACUCUGGACCUGGCUCUUCUGCACAGCCGCACUGGAAUACUCUUUGAACAAGCUCUGCUAGAACCAAACCCAUGACCACUGUGUUGGUGAUGGGGCCCCAUGCUGUGGCUUAUGGAGGGCCUGUCCCUGCAUGUGAGUCUAGCCUUCCUAGACAUUACAUGACGACCCUUUAAAAAUAAAUUAGACUUUGGGAGGCUGAGGUGGGUGGAUCACGAGGUCAAGAGAUUGAGACCAUCCUGGCCAACAUGGUGAAACCCCGUCUCUAUUAAAAAAUACAAAAAUUAGCUAGGCGUGGUGGUGCAUACCUGUAGUCCCAGCUACUCGGGAGGCUGAGGCAGGAGAAUCUCUUGAACCUGGAAGGCGGAGGCUGCAGUGAGCUGAGAUUGCGCCACUGCACUCCAGUGCUCCAGCCUGGUAACAGAAUGAGACUCUGUCUCAAAAAAAAAAAAUUAGAGAUGAAGAUCUCCCUAUGUUGCCCAGGUUCUCCUCAAACUCCUGGACUCAAGCAAUCCAUCCACCUUGGCCUCCCAAGGUGCUGCGAUUAUAGGCGUGAGCCACUGCCCCUGGCCUCAUGACCACCCUGGCCCUGAUGGCAGCCUUAUUUUUGAAGGCAGGUGGUGGGAGAGAGCCCGGGCAGCCUGAGAGGAACUGGGCCUGGUCUCGGUGAAGCAUGGGGAUACCCCUUGUCUAAAUGCAGAGUGGCUAAGAGAAGUUAGCAGGGCUCUUCCUCUUUUCUCAUUGGUUCCUGCUUUCCUUCCCCACUGCCCCAUCCUCAGCGCUCUGUGUUGGAGCCUCUAUUAUCCUGCCAUAAGCCUUCAGGUCCCCUGUACCCUUCCCCCGCGAGUUGCCAUUUCUUAUUCCCCCACUGAUCCCAUGUACCUUGGGGGUUCCUGUCAUCUGAUACCCCUGGCUGCCUUCCUGGUAGAUGCCAUUCCAGAGAGGCCAACAGUGUUCCCAGGUGUGGCUGGCUGGUCUGCAUCGCUCAGACUCACUCUGCCAGGCUGCAGUUAUGAGAAUACCUUUGUUGUUGUUUUGUAUCUGGAGAACUUUUUAUGAAUGAGUAAAUCUUCAGAAAGGAA